AUGUGGAGCGAUUUUGAGGCGAAUAGCGGCGUCGAACGGCCCUCGCCACACCGCGCGACACCCCGCACCUUGCCGCUCCGCUACAACUCCCCGUUCCGCUACGACUCCCCGCUCCGCUACGACUCCCCGCUCCGCUACGACUCCCCGCUCCGCUACGACUCCCCGCUCCGCUACGACUACCCCCUCCGCUACGACUCCCCACUCCGCUACGACUCCCUGCACCGCGCUCCGCUACGACUCCCCGCACUGCGCUCCGCUACGACUCCCCGCACUGCGCACCGCUACAACUCCCCGCACCGCUACGACUCCCCGCACCGCUACGACUCCCUGCACCGCGCGCCACUACGACUCCCCGCUCCGCUACGACUCCCUGCACCGCGCGCUUCUACGACUCUCCGUUCCGCUACGACUCCCCGCACCGCUACGACUCUCCGCAGCGCUACGACUCCCCGCAGCACUACGACUCCCCGCACCGCUACGAUUCCCCGUACCGCGCAACUCACUGCAACUCGCUGCAACCCGCAAUUCCCCUCCCCGUGA